UAAAAUUUGUUGUUUAACGUGAGUGCGUUGUAUUUGUGACUCGACGGAGAGUUGACGUUCUUAUUAAUGUGAAAACAUGUUGUUCCGUUAGUGAAAUUUAAUAAAUUGUUGAAAUGCUCAACCUUAUAUUGAAGUGCAUUCUCAUUUACUAGCGAUUUUACGGGUGUCUCAAUUACAAUCUGUGAAUUAAUUGUGCGCGUGUUACAAGACAAAAAUAAAAAAAAGAAAAUAACGAGAGAGCGAGAAGAGCAACUGAGUGUAAAUUGUGUUAUAGCUGUGCUAGCCAAUUUAAGCUGAAAUAUGCUUGAAAUACAAUUUAAAUAAAUUGCCAACUAGUAAAAAAUUUGACCAGCAAUACGAAAAGUAUAGCGACAGCAGCAAUUAAUCAGACCUCUAAGCUGAAGUGAUCCCUGAGCGUAAAGAAGAGAGCAAGACAGAGGGCGAGCGAUAUAGUUUUCAAUGGGUCAUCAGUUGAGCAAGCCAACUUUCGUCAUUGCCAAGAAAAGCAGAAACAGUCAAGCCAUUAAGCCUGCAGUUAAAGCAGAGCACGAGGAGCAGCAGCAGCAGAAGCAGCAAGAGGAGCAACUAGAUCAGAAGAAGCCGCAAGUGGCCAGAGGAAGCGUCGACAGCCUAGUGGCGUCCUCCGACGUGCGACAAAUCAUAAUUAAAAUCCAACUAGCUAAAAUGGAGAAUGGCAACGAGGUCAUGGCGCAGGAGGCUGCGGGCGCCGGUGACCAAAUGUAUGUGGAUACGCUCAAUGCAAAUGAGCAAAUUGUGAAUGUAACUCUUGGAACGGGUGUUGCGGGUGCUGUUGGUGCUGGCGCAGGUGUGGCUAGUCGAACUGCGGGCAGUUCAACGGAAGCGUCAAAAACCGACGAAAGACAAAUCAUGAAUAACAACAAUUUAGCGGGAAGCGUUGCGUCGGCGUCGGCUGCGGUCAAAACGCUACAAUUGCACGACUACGCCAACGAUGACGACGCUGCCGAUGAUUCGUUGUUGCGUCGACGUCGCAGCGACGAAGGCGUUGAUUACUGUGAAGUGAUGGAGCCGCAGUCGCAGUCGCAGCCAAGAGCAGUCAGCGAAAUGUUGUCGAACGGAACACAACGCACUCCAGCGUCGAGCAGUCAAAGUGGCAACAGCUGUUGUCGCAGUCGCAGUAGGAAGGAUCUCUCCUUUGGCGCUGGAACAGCAGCAGGAAUAACUGUGGCGGGGGCCAGCGGCAACAGCAAGCGACGAUGCUGCAAAUGCAAAUGUCGCGAUGCAUUCCGUGGACUUCGCGGCAUGCUGGAGUCAAGCAGCAACAGCAGCAGCAGCAGCAGUGCUAGCGGCAAGGAUAAACGUGAAUCAGCAGCCAGCACGCAGUCUCGCAGCAAGGGGCGCAGUAGCGUCGACAGGCGUUCUACACCUGCCACACUUGGUGCUGGCAGCGGCAGCGCAGCAGCCACGCGUCUACAGAGCCAAAGGCAGCGCAAUUCAGUGGCUGUUGCCGACUCCUCCAAUCAUCUGGCGAUUUGGGCCGCGCCCGCCAAUGGCCAAGGCAAUGUCAUCAUCCACAUUAGAUCGCCGCAACAGCCGCAGUUUAUGCUGGACUCAUGUGCGGCGCCUCUGGUAACAAUGGGUCCCAAUAUACGGCUGCUGGCAACACCGACAGAAGCCGCUGUGACUGCUAAUCUGCCUACGCAGCCAAUAGAAGCGCCACGUUCCGCGCCUGCGCCUGUGCCUGUGCUGCCUGUGAACGCUUAUGGCGCUGGAGUCACGGUGCAUUCACAGAUAGAUUUUAUGCACUGCCUGGUGCCUGACUUGGAGCGAAUCAUCAACAGCAGCUUCUACUGGGGUAAAAUGGAUCGCUAUGAGGCGGAACGUCUGCUCGAGGGCAAGCCCGAGGGCACAUUCCUCCUGCGAGACUCCGCCCAGGAGGAGUUCCUCUUCUCUGUCACAUUCCGCAAAUAUGGACGCUCGCUUCACGCACGCAUCGAGCAGAGCGGCCACAAGUUUAGCUUUGAUUGUCAUGAUCCGUGCGUGUUUACUGCGCUUACAGUCACGGGUCUGCUGGAGCAUUAUAAGGAUCCCACGUGCGUCAUGUUCUUCGAGCCCUGCCUCACCAUGCCGCUGCAUCGGCGGCAGACCUUUUCGCUGCAGCAGUUGGCGCGUGCCACAAUCGUCUCGAAUACCAGCUACGAUGGCAUCAAUCAGCUGGAGCUGCCGGGUCGCCUGAAGAGCUACCUGAAGGAGUAUCACUACAAGCAGAAGCUGCGCGUUAAGCCCUGCGAUGCAAACACGCCAGCGCCGUAUUAUGCCAACAUAUAGUCCGCGGCAACAUCGGGG